UGUGAAAGAGUAAUGGCGUUCGCGGCGAGCACGCGAGCGUAGCCGCGUUCAUUUCAGUAUGCACAAUCCGAGGUGCGCCAAGUAAUAAAGUUACUAGCCCGUUGGAACGAAGCGAGUGCACGCCAAUCGAAUUCGCCAUUAUGGGUCUGGCUCUCGGUCUUCUCUCCGCGUGAACUGUGAAAAAAAACUCGUCAACGCGUGUCUUCGUCGUAUUGUCGAUUCUUUGUCAAAAAUGGAUUUGUCAGUGCAAAGCUAUGACGAUAUUGACUGACAGAAGAAGCAUGUUUGAUCAUUGUUUUGUCUGUUAUUAAAAAAGAGAUGAAAAUCUAAUUAAAAAUUAUUUCGCACACAAUGGCCGCAAAUACUCAAUUUGCUCAUCCACCGCCGACUGUUAGCUUGCCUAACAUGUCUGUGCCGCCGCCUCCGACUCCAAACUUAUCGGCGCCACCUCCAAAUUUAACUACCAUAAACACAUCUGGGAAUUAUCAACAUCGGUAUCCAAAUCACAGAGAGAGCAAUCGUGGUUUCUUUAAACCGUUCAGACCUUACCACGCUCCUAAGAUUGUUGUGGGACAAGAACCUAUGAUGCAGGACGAGUUUGACGGGAAGAGGCUCAGGAAAUCCGUUAUGCGGAAAACUGUCGAUUACAAUUCCGCCAUUAUCAAGAGUUUAGAAAAUCGAGUAUGGCAACGAGACUACAGGGAUCGAAAAGCGCUACAACCAGACGUAAUGUACUAUCCUGAUUUAUUACCCCCACCAAGUUACAUUGACAAUCCCAUAAAUGCAGUCACUACGAGGUUUGUGAAAACGGCCACCAAUAAAAUGCGUUGCCCCAUUUUUUGUAUGGCCUGGACACCGGAAGGAAGACGGCUUGUCACAGGCGCUUCAAGCGGAGAAUUUACUUUGUGGAAUGGCCUAACAUUCAAUUUUGAAACCAUUCUUCAGGCGCACGACAGCCCGGUGAGGACAAUGGUUUGGUCCCACAACGAGAGCUGGAUGGUUACGGGGGACCAUGCGGGAUACGUGAAAUAUUGGCAGAGCAAUAUGAACAACGUCAAGAUGUUUCAAGCGCACAAAGAAGCGAUUAGAGGACUCAGUUUCAGCCCAACGGAUCACAAAUUGGCGACCUGCAGCGACGACGGAACCGUUCGAAUUUGGGACUUUCUUCGUUGUCAUGAGGAGCGAAUUCUUAGGGGUCACGGCGCGGAUGUGAAAUGUGUGCACUGGCAUCCGCAAAAAAGUCUAGUCAUUUCUGGCAGCAAAGACAAUCAGCAACCGGUUAAGUUGUGGGAUCCGAAGACUGGUCAGUCGUUGGCGACUCUUCAUGCACACAAAUCGACCGUAAUGGACGUCAAAUGGAACGAGAACGGUAACUGGUUGGUUACCGCGUCAAGAGACCACUUGUUGAAGCUAUUCGAUCUUAGAAAUCUGAGUCAGGAAGUUCAAACCUUCCGCGGUCAUAAAAAGGAGGCGUCGAGCGUCGCUUGGCAUCCAAGUCACGAGGGUCUAUUCUGUAGCGGAGGUAGCGACGGCGCGAUACUCUUCUGGCACGUGGGGGCGGAUAAAGAAGUAGGAGCGAUCGAGCAAGCGCACGAUAGUAUAGUUUGGACCUUAGCUUGGCAUCCGUUGGGACAUAUCUUGUGCUCAGGUAGCAACGAUCAUACCUCUAAAUUUUGGACGCGCAAUAGACCAGGAGACUUAAUGAGAGAUAAAUACAAUCUUAACACAUUGCCAGCGGGUACGGCUGGUAUUGAUGACCACGAAGUCGCUGACGAAGCGGCAGUAAUACCUGGAAUGGGACCGGACGACAGAAUCAAUACGGACAGUGAAAAUGUCGAGAAUGACAAAAGCGGCGGAAUUCCGGGAUUGGACUUGGAUCACGCGGUUGAUGAGGGCAAGAAAUUUGCCAACAAAAAAGUUCCGUACAGCAAACCGAUCCCGCGAAAUUUCCAAGCUCAAUGGAACGAAAUGGAAGCUGAGGAUAUAGAACAAGUCGAGGCGCUUAACGCAUUUGUCAAUCAGUUAAUAGAGACCACACCGGGUGCUGUGCCGCUGAAUGAAGUCACGCCCAAUGCUAUUAUAUUGUACGGCAAAAUGAUUCCAGUUGAACCGGGUUCAAAACUAGCAGAAGCGAUCAGUAAAGGAACUGAGGCUAUAAACAAAUUAGUAUUUUCUGGCGAAAUAGAGGAGUUACGCGACGUAGUGGGUCCGCCGGACAAUAUAGAGGAAACCGAGGAUUAUCUGCAUGAUGAUGGCGAGAUCGAUUAUUCUAAAGUGCCUGAAGUAGAUCUGCCACCACCCUUGCCUAGCUCGAAGUUUGCUCAGAAUCCUGAACUGUUGAAAACUCUGAAUCGUGGGGGCAAACGUAAAUUCGACCAAUUGAUAGGCUGGAGUGACGGCGGAGCUAGCGAUCGCACGUCCAAGAUCCAUCAACCUGUCUUCGGAGGCGUUUUCACGGAAGACUCGCAGUCUAGCGACACCGAUCUGAGAUUUGGUAUCACCAAGUCGAGUGUCACCGGCGGAGAAGGCAACUUUUUCCACUCUCUCGGCCAAGACGACGAUCUCAGGAAAUCUGCUGAUCCAUUGAGAAGCAGCAAUCACGGGGACGAGGAUCUAAGGUUUAACGCGUCCAGCGGAACUAGUUGGUCCAGUUUGCGCAACGAGUUUGAUUCACGUGGCAAUAGUUUUGCCGACAAAGAUUUCCGCAGCUCCGGUGCUUUCUCGUCGCAGAAGAAAUCGCUUGACAACGACGCGUACGACGACAGGGAACGAGAUCGCGACGGCGGUCAUUGGGACGAUGAGAAAGUGGGUGACGGGCCGCGUGGCAAGUCGGAAAGCAACAGCUUUGAUAAACGUGAUAAUGGAAUGGUAAUGGGUUCCGGCGGUAUGGGCAAUAGCAUGCACGUAAUGGCUGGCAUGUCCCAUCUGCCGAAUCACCAUAAUAUGCAAAACAUUAAUCCCAACAUGCCACCGCCGCCGCUGAUGCCGCAUCCCAAUAUGCCUCCGCAUCCUGGCUUGCAAGUGAAACCGCCGCAUCCCGGAUUGCCUGGCAUGGACGGUCCUAUGCCGCCGCAUUUGCUACCGCAUCCGGGCAUGCAUUUCAUGCCCAACGGCCCGCCGCCCGGUGGCUUCGGACCCAACUUCCGGCCGCCACCAAACAGCAAUUUCGGACCGAAUCACUUCAGGCCGAGUCCGUUAACGCCGUUCGGACCGAAUCAAGGCCUGCCGUUUGGCAACAGCUUUCAGGGACCUCCCAACUUUCGUGGACCAAACGCAGGCCCGUUUGAUCGGCCAGGUUUCGGACCCAAUUUUCGCGGCCAGAGUUCUCAAGGUCAGAUGAACAGUUUCAACUCGAAUUUUGGCAAUUUUGGAAAGAAUGGACCUAAUCGCGGUAUGAGUCGAGGUGGUGGUGACAGUUUGGGCCGAAGCGGUUACAAUAACCGCGGUAGAGGACGUGAUAACGAACAGUCAAGAGGAGGAAGAGGAAGGGACAAUUAUUGAAGAGAACAGUAAUUAUUGUAAGGAACAGUGUGAUUAUCUCGAUGGACAUUCUUGUAUUUCUCGAUUUCCUUCGUAAAAAGGAAAUUCCCUCAACAGAGAUUUAAUGUUACUAUAAUGUAUGUACGAUAAUGUGCCG